CACUUGGGGAGAUGGUAAGCCAACGCACCCGCCAAGUGCAAUGCAGGCCAUUGACCUAGGCCACGGGUCUUCUUGAUCGCCCGUCGACCCCGUCCAGGUAAGUAUGUUGCAAGGAGGGCAGGGGCGCCGAUUAUGUAGCCCCCUCUCAGUUCCCACCCAGCUUGGCGCGGCGAGGUGGUACUAAACGAAACGCGCCUCAGUGCCUCACCCCGCCGCGCGAGCGCUGGUGCAGCAGGGGAGGCGAUCCGAUGUUUUGGUGGGCUGAUUUUGACGGCCCAUGGGAUUUUCUGCCACCUGCGCGCCAACGUUUUCGGACUCCCUCGUCGGCGCCACCGCUUCCAAAAAAUUUCCUCUCGGGGUUUAGCCGCUCCCCAAUCCAGUCUCAACUCAGCUCGGCCACCCACGCCACCCAAUGCCGUCGGGGUCGAGCUCCCGUGGCAGGCAACGGCGGCGGCAGCCGGCGGAGGAUGCGGCUCCCUCGGUGGUACGCGUGAGCUCGUCCAGCUCGGGUGAGGAGGGCGACUCUUCGGAGGAGGAGAGCGAGGAAUCCGGUGAGGGGGCGGGGGGGCGUGGCGGCGGUGGCAAAGGUAGGGCUUCGAUGGCUAGGGAUAAGGCAGCGGCGAGCGAAGGCGAGGCGCAGGGGCUGUACCUUCCCAGCUGCCCCAUCUGUAUGAUCCCGUGGACUGCUGAUGGCGCGCAUCGCGUAAGUUGCAUUCCCUGUGGACAUGUCUAUGGCAGAUGUUGCUUAGAGAGGUGGUUACUGCAGUGUGGGAAGAGAAAGGCACCGUGUCCUCAAUGUGGCAAGAGGUAUAAACAAAACUGCAUUAUCAACCUCUAUGUACCAGAGAUUGCUGUUCCAAAUAAUGAUCUUGAAAAGCAAGUAUUGUCAUUGAGAGAGAAAAAUGAAUCUCUUGAGAAGCAACAAGCAAAAUUACUUGAGGAGAUAAAAGAGCAUAAGAGGCAGAUUAUGUUGCAACAAAAAAUAAUAUAUGAAUCAAGCUCAAAGAGACAGAAAAUGACAGAGCAAUCAUCAGAUGCGGAGCCAAUCGCCUCGCUUACAGAGGACAUUGACUGUAGCAAUCUUUGCAGUUUUGUUCUCCAGAAUGAGUUUUUUCUUGACGGAGCUCGAGUCAUGGGCAUAGAUGCAUCCAGCCAGAUUAUAUUAACUUCUGGACGGGCACCUGGAGUUGGUGCUGAACAUGUCCUUACAAAGAUCAGCAUGUUUGCUGGACAGGAAAUGCAGAAAAUUCACCUUCCUACCGAUACUAAAGCUAUUAGAGACAUUUGUGUACUUCCCGGGGGGCAUGCUGUUUUUGCAUCACUAGGCAGGAAAUUGUCACUUUUCAGCAUGGCCACCAACAAUGUCGUCCUUCAGUAUGAUUUACCGGCCCCUGGCUGGUCCUGUUCAGGGAAUCAAACUAGUUCAACUCACAUUUAUGCUGGGCUACAGAAUGGAAUGCUAUUGGUCUUUGAUAUUCGCCAAACUGCAUCACCUUUGCAUUCUAUGAAGGGUCUAUCUACACACCCAGUUCAUACAGUCCACUCUGUUAUAGAUGACAGUGGUUCCAGAAAGGUUCUUUCUGCUUCUUCUAUAGGACCCUGUAUUUGGGAUGCUGAUGGCAGUGGAAGCAGUUCUUUCAGGCCAAAUUUGAUAAGCGGGAUGGAGAAUCAAGGGGUCUGUAUUUCUCUUACAUGCAUCCCUCCGUCAAGUGAUACCCUAGUGGCUUCCUACCGUCCGAAAGUUGAGUUGCCAGAAGAUGGCGCCACAUCUCAAGCGGUUACACCCCUAUCACUGGCACCCACUGGUUCAGGAAAGUUAGGACACCACGCUCUCAUGAGGAGGACAAGCAGCACGUACUUUGCCAGGGACCAGAUCUGCAGCGGCAAUGUAAGUGAAUUGAGGAUGUCAAAAUCCGCAAUCAUACCGUGUGGAAGCAAUCAGCAUGUCUUUGCCUAUGGAGAUGAGUCAUUGUAUGGAGUCCGGACUUGGCGGCUCCCUUCAUUUCAGAGGUUCGCCGAUCUCAGCCCCCACCGGCAACCAAUCCUUGAUCUACGGUUUGCAGGAAGCUCAACCGGGGAGAGGUACCUUGGAUGCUUAAGCGCCGAGAAGCUACAGGUGUUCAAAAUUAGGUAGCAUAACGGAGGUAGUCAUUGAGUUUAUUGUGUUUUUUGAUGAAACUUGAGCUCAUUCUUUUAUUUCAUUUCUGGUAGCUGUGCAUGCUAACACACUAGUACUUCAUUAGCUUUAUUAUACGAGUAACAGAUCGCGUCAUGCUCUGUACAGUGGUCACCAGAGCACUUGGUGUGGUGUGUAAAACCAUGUAGUCCUAUCGUACCCUGUUAGAAGAUUGUGGCCCCAAUAUAUCAGUAGAGACUAGGGAGUAUAGAAUUGAAUAAGUUGAUGUUUCGGUGUUGUACUGACGCCGCUCGGUGUCGUAAAUCAAGGAAACAAAUGGGUAGCAAUCUGUCACAUUUGAUGCUUCCUUCUUAUGCUCCAGUGCACUGAUGUCUCCAGUUUGUUCA